AUGUCCACUAUCCAGAAGCUCCACACUACCUACCCCUUUGCUGAUACAAGUAAGGGUAAUGAUCUGCUGGCUGCUAGCACUGAGGAUUAUAUCCAUAUAAAAAUUCAACAGAAAAACGGCAGGAAGACCCUUACUACUGUCCAAGGGAUCACUGAUGAUUACGAUAAAAAGAAACUAGCGAAGGCAUUUAAGAAGAAAUUUGCCUGCAAUGGUACUGUAAUUGAGCAUUCAGAGUAUGGAGAAGUAAUUCAGCUACAGGGUGACCAGCGCAACAACAUCAAAAACAUAUGCCAGUUCCUCGUAGAGACUAGACUGGGUAACGACGAUCAUAUGAAGGUUCAUGGGUUUUAA